AUGAAGUCUCUGUUCCGAAGCAUCGGACUCUCCAAGCAGGAGAACGAGCCUGCGGAUGUCUUGAAGGCCAAGGCCGAUUGGAAGAAAGCAAAUCUAGACAGAAAGAAUCUCACCAAGCUGUUCAAGGCAGCGUUUCUCUCCUCGGUGGAGGCCAUGAAAGCCUGGCAAGGAGUGUGCGACCUACUCAUUCUCAUGGCGGAGGAUGGAAGCAAUCCUGACCUCGCCCUGCUCACCAACAUUGCAGAAGCACACAAACAGAAUCUCGAGAGUAUGGCGGCUUACAACGACACUCUCAGAUACAAGGUUGUCAACGCACUGCUGGAUAUCGAGAAGCAAUCGGAUGCCGACACGAAGAAAGCGAAACAAGAAUACAAGAAGGCGUUCCAGAAGUACAGCAAGAAGAAGCAUGAGAGCGAGAAGAAACAUAACGAAUCCGAGAUGCAGGAAGAGCUUUCUACGCUUGAAACAACUGUGAACAGAACAAAAACUUCCCUCAUGGAGUUGUGGGACUCUGUCAAGAGGGACAGGAUGGCAGAGGUCUUGCAGGCUUUGUUCACCAACUUCGAGGCCGAGUACAUCAUGGCCCGAGAAGUCUGCACCAAUUUCAGCGAGGCAAGCCCGUCAGUCCUCAGGUGUGCGCAGGCCUGCGGGCUCAAGGUAACGCCAUUGACUUACUCUCACUGGGAGGACAUUUCGAUUCCCAUCUCAUCCAUCGGCGAGCCGACCAACGUGGAGCACCUGGGAGGAGGAGGAGGAGUGAACAUGCUGGAGGCAGAAAACCGUAUCGACCUGAGGGACCAGCACGUCGCUCAGCAGCUCCAGCAGAACAGCCUCGCCCAUGCUCUCCCUCCCUCCAGCAGAAACGACGGGGGGAUAGAGAGUUACGAUGCGGAGAGGCAGGUUGUGUCGCACUCCACGAGGAUACAAUCUGUGGACAGCAACAAGUCAGAUGGGGAGGACAAGGCCAAGAAGAAACCUCCUCCCCUGCCCGCUCGUCCCCCUCCAGACUCUCCUCCCGACCUCAAGAGUGCGAGAAGAAGUCAGAGAGGAUCGUCGAGGAGGGAAGCGAAAGGAGCUGCUGCAGAGAAGAACGGAAGCAAGCAAACCUCCAGUCAAGAAGCUCGCGGGUUGCUCUCCGAAAUCUCCUGCGCACUACCCUCGGCUUGA